AUGGAUAUACCUGUAGAGACACAGAUAGAUGACAUUCUUGCUAGGUCUCUUCGUUUGGAGAAGAAAAGUCCAUAUUUAGCAAAUUAUGGUCUUUCAAGCGUUCUUCAUCAGAGCAGAUCUAUUAUUAACACUAGAUCUUUUUCAAAGGAUGAUGAAGAUCGCGGCAAAUACCUCUUGGGUACUGUAAAUAAGAAUAUUGCAAAUGUUCCUACAAUUUUGAAAGGAAUUGACUUAACAUCAAUUGUAUCAGACAAUGUAACUCUUUAUGCAGAGAAAAACAACGAAAUUUUCCAAGACUCAAUUGUUAAAUCCAUCACAUCAAUUCAUAAUAGUACAAAUUCAUUAAAUGAUUCUUUUAUUUUGAAAGCAAUGGAAAACUUAUAUGGAAAGAAAGGAUCAUACUCAGACGUCGUUGUUCCAUACUACGAAGAUAUCCCAAGUAUUACACCAAGUAUCACAGAAUAUCUUAACGAACAUCCAAUUCCUUCUGUUAAGAUGACUCUCCGUCCUCGCGACAGAUUCUAUGCAGAAAAUCUUACAAACCAGAACGAAUCCUUCUCAGAGCAUAUGGCAAAAGCCAUUCGAAAGACAACUUUAUUCAAAGAAAAUUAUCAAUUACCACUUGCAGACACAUUCUCACUUAUUCAUUGCCUCGAGAAAUACGGAAAUCAUUUCAAUGGAACAAAACGCUUUCUUGAGAAGCAAAUCAAGAGAAUUAUCACGGAAGAGGUUAAUACAAACUUAAAUAUUGCAAAUCGUGGUCCAACAUACGGUAUUAUGCAUACACUUCAGGGGUAUAUCAAUCUUUUACCUCAUCCUCAACACGAAUCCCCUUGGGCAAUUUUAUUCUUCGCAAUGCGUUGCGGAAAGAACGAAUCCGCACUCCAAUAUGCAUCAGAAAACAAUUUCAGCCACGAUGUCAUCUCAGCUCUUGAGUUUCGAGUCACAGGAACCGAAAUUACACCUCAAAUUAGGACAAACCUUCAAGGAUUGUACCAAAACGAGGUCUCCGGUGAAGGACAUGACACAUUCAAGUGUUUGUGUCUCUCAAUUCUCUCAGGAAUUGGAGGAUAUAACGAUCCAUCAGUUAUUUCAAGCUUUGAAGACUGGCUUUGGUUUGCAUUACAGCUUGGAGAUGGAAAUCAUCAAAGAGUUGUUACAAAAGUCACAAAAACCAUCAGCGAAAUAUCAGAUCCAAGAAAUACUUUCUUACCGGGCCAAGCUUUACUCCUUGUUCACCAAUUCGAUAAAGCUGCUAAUUGGUUCCUCUCAACACCCGCAGUUGCCAACGAUGGACUUCAAAUUUCCCUCGCAAUGCACACAGCAGGCCUUAUUUCACCAAACGUCUUCAGCGAACAAUUGCUCAGAUAUACGGCAGGCGUUUUCGAAGCAGACGGAUACCUCUCCUUGAAGUACCUCAAUAUGAUAAAGGACAGAAAGGAAGUUUCAAAACUCGUGUCACUUUUGGCCGUAACUGCUCGGAACGGGGAAUCGCUGUUCGAGCCCACGAUCAUCGACCAAAGCCGCUUGCAAACACUUCCACCACCAGAAUCGGAAGCUUCUGCAGCUUUGUUCGACGGAAUCUCAAAUCCACAAGAUAUUAUCAACUCUUACAGAGAAAACAACGAUGAUGAAGAGCAAUAUGUUGCUAUGCACUCACCUGCAUCAUUGCUGCUCAAUCCUGAAGAACAGAAACUCGCAAUUACAUCUGCAGGAAUUGAAGCUGCGAAAAGAUCAAUGUAUCCAACAGCGAUGAAGCUUUUGCACAUGGCAGGUGAUUAUAACAGACUUGUAGACCUCUGCUGCCAGCAAUUAAGAAGAUGCGCUGAAGGAUUAGUUGAUGACCAACCAAUCAUCGAUGCAAUGGAAAUAAUCAAUGAAGUUAAUGAAAACACAAUCAGUGUUGAUGAAAAAAGAAUGAGAACUCUGCUAAUAAUGCUUUCUUUCGCUAAAUGCGCUUAUUUGACAAGACAUGGCGAUUAUGAACUCGCCUGCUCUUCAUUUGAAGAAAGCAAGAUCUUCGCUUCUGAUCAGGGCGUCAUAAACACUGCAGAUAACGGUGGAGUCGAAAUGGCCAAAUCAACUAUAGCAAACAUGCCUCCAUCUGUCAAGGAAGUGAUACCAGUAGUACUUGUUCAGGCUGUUGAAGCGUAUUCCAAGAUCCAUGCUUCUUUACCAAGAGGAGGAGGCGCAAAGAAGAAUAUCGAAGAAAAAGUAAGGAUUUUGGCUAAACUUGCAGGAGAAGUUAAACAGUCUCUUCAUGAAGAUAUGGCUAGAAAGUUACUUAUGCUUAAGGAUUUUGAUACAGUAUAA